AUGUACCACCUUCUGAAAGGCCUUCACGAGUAUCUGACCAGGAAAGAAGAGUUCUCGGUCAUCAUCAUUGGCUUGGACGGUGCUGGCAAAACGACUUUGCUGGAGAAGAUCAAGACCAUCUACAACGAUGUUCCAGGUCUUGACCCGGACAAGAUAGCACCCACUGUUGGCCAGAACAUGGGGAAGAUCUCGCUUCCUUCAACCAUCUUACAAUUCUGGGAUCUUGGAGGCCAACGAGGCAUUCGGUCUAUAUGGUCAAAAUACUACGAUGAUUGCCAUGCUGUGGUGUAUGUCAUUGACGCAGAGGACCGAGAGAGGCUCGGUGAAGGCUGGGAAGUAUUCGAUAACGUGCUCUCAGCGCCCCAAAUCCUCGGCGUCCCCCUCCUGUUACUCGCCAACAAGCAAGACAGUCCACAAAGCCUCUCCGUAGAAGAAAUCCGACACGACUACGAGGACUGGCACCAGCGCAAGAUGGAGAGUGCGCGUAGGACGUAUGGUGAGGAGAACGACAUGGAGCAGAGAAGGGAGAGGAUUGCUAGUCUGGACGUCAUGGGGGUCUCAGCACUGGAGGGGACGGGAGUGAGGGCUGCAGUCGAUUGGCUGUUCUUGAGAGUGCAGAAUAGUAGACGGAGAGACGAAUCAUAGGAGAUUUCUCGUACAACUUUGCCCUAUUUUUUAUAUUGAUGCAACAAUAUUCAUUCUCUUUCUGACUGUAUCUAAUGACCAGAUCUAUCACUUCACACCAACAGCCUCACCAUCGAGUCCCGACCCGUCAUGCACUCACGUCAACCGAUCCUCGACCCUCCAUGACCACUAACCUCGCCAUUCACCUUUAUUCUGGACAUAAUAUCGGACUCUCCCGCCAUACAAAUCGCACUAGACAUUACCGACAUGCUUGAAAGGGG